CUCCCCGCUAAUAUCUCGCUGAGCUCAAGAAAACCUGCACAAGUAGUGAAGGAUCGACGGCACAUUUCCGUGCGCCUCGCGCGAGAAAGCCUAUGCACUCACCCGCGCCGCUGCCAUCGUCUUCGCCGCAACCUCGCCUUCGACUGGCAGGAGGGUCGGGGUGCAGCCCUGGCCACGGCCACCUUGUCGAUCGAGUGGAACCAAUUUAGAAAUCACACAGACAAAAUUAUACCUACUACAACAGCAACAUACUUCACUCAUGGUUGUGAAUUUGGGGAAAGUUUUAAUUUCACAGGACAAGAGAGGAGCAAUUUCUUUUUCCUUGACCCUAUUGCUUCUGUUGCUGCCUGUGUUAUAAUUUGUUUAAUGUUUGCCCAUUCU